UAACUACCAGAUAGAAACGACAUCGUGUUGAAGCUGGAAGCAUGUUUUGUGUCGAAGACAUUACCUGAACCAGGAUGCGAGACAGAGCUGACAGAGAGAGAAGAAAGAAAGAAAGAAAGAAAACCCCAACAAACAACAGAGAAAAUCGAAGGGCUAAACUGUUACUAAUAUGGGCAUUGGAUCGAUUUUCGACGGUCCUGAUGUAAGGGCAGAGUUUGAGAAAGCAGGCAUCAACACUCACUUCAUUCCCUUUAUUUGGAAGUAUGUGAUUAAGAACCCUAAUUGUGAAUGGGAUGAUAUACCCGAUUUACCCUCAGCUGCAUACUCACUUUUGCGUUCCAAGUUCAAAACUUCCACUUCAAGUGUUGACUCUGUUAUUAACUCUAAUGAUGGGGUCACCACCAAACUUCUCGUUAAGCUUCAGAAUGGAGCAUUUGUGGAGGCGGUGAUUAUGAGGUAUGACACCCGGUUGGGGAAAUAUUGUGGGAAACCCCGUCCUGGUGGUCCAAGAUCGACUUUGUGCAUAUCAUCUCAGGUUGGAUGUAAGAUGGGUUGCAAAUUUUGUGCAACUGGAAGUAUGGGAUUCAAAAACAAUCUGUCGUCGGGAGAAAUUGUCGAGCAAUUAGUUCAUGCCUCUCGUUUAUCACAAAUACGGAAUGUUGUUUUUAUGGGCAUGGGGGAACCACUGAAUAACUACUCUGCCUUGGUGGAAGCAGUACGUGCUAUGUCAGGAGUUCCGUUUCAGCUAUCUCCAAAGAGAAUAACUGUAUCAACAGUUGGAAUUAUUCACGCUAUCAACAAGCUUCAUAAAGAUUUACCUGGAUUGAACCUGGCAGUGUCCCUACAUGCACCAGUUCAAGAUGUUCGCUGUCAGAUAAUGCCUGCCGCUCGGGCUUUCCCUUUGGAAAAACUCAUGGAUGCCCUGCAAGUAUAUCAAAAGAACAGUAUGCAGAAGAUUUUUAUUGAGUAUAUAAUGCUUGAUGGGGUGAAUGAUGAAGAGCAGCAUGCCCACCAGCUAGGCAAAUUGCUUGAGACAUUUGAUGUGGUCGUGAAUUUGAUACCUUUCAAUCCAAUUGGUAGUCUGAGUCAAUUCAGAACCAGUAGCGAAGAGAAAGUGUUGAGAUUCCAGAAAAUUCUUAGAGGUGUAAAUAACAUCCGGACAACAGUUCGUAAGCAAAUGGGUCAGGAUAUAAGUGGUGCUUGUGGUCAGCUGGUGGUCAACUUGCCUGAUGAGAAGAAGCCUCCAAAUUUGGGUGUAACUGAUAUUGAAGACCUUGUUUCACGCAGAUGAAUGAAUUAGUCGAGGUUAUAUAGUCCCACAUUGUUUGUGGAAUUUUGUUUUCAAAAGUAGGCCAUGCAUGGAUAAAGUUCUAGUUGCACUGUUGAGGUUCUUGAUGGUAUUUCUUGGUAUUAUUGAAAAUAUGAUCAAAUCACUAGCA